UGAUCAUGGCUGUAGAGCAAGGUACUCGUGUCAUUUAUGACCGUACUACACUUUUGGCAUUAGCUGGUAGUCAGUUUUCAAAGAUGCCACCUGUCAAGAUGGCAUUCAUUCCUGGUGUUACUAGAACUCCAAAUCAAAGUGAUAUUGUCAUGUCCUUCCGUAAAAACAAGGAAAAGGAGAAGAAGAAGGAAAAAGAAAAGAAAACAUUCAAUCCUUUCGAACUUCUUGGUGAUGAUGAAUAAAUGUAUACACAUUAAAUAAAAAAAAAAAAAUUUUGUUUUUUAGUUUC